AUGACAGACAGACCCAGAGCGGUGCUGCAUCUCGAAGCAAAGCUCAAGGCAGAUUCGACGGCACGACACGAAGUCAUCAAACGCAUGCUUAGCACGUACCUGCUUUCCAAUUACGCAACACUCGAGUCACAUACAAUACUCGAGCCCGGGUCUAGUGUCUCUCAGCCUCCGCCGAGUACCUCGCAAACCGAACAAGCAGACCCAACUGAGCCGAGAGCUGUUGCUCCUGCAAUCGGCUGGCGAGAGAUUGGCACGCUCGAUGACCACCUUGAGCUCGUUCGACUCGCAGAGAUAGACCGUUUCGAUAAUGACGACGAGGCAGACGAGCUCGAAAGCUCAGACUUGAUCAUGCUAGCCGAGGUAGAUCUUGAGAUACACAUCUAUCAGCUUGUCAGCAUGUUCGAGGCACCGCUCAAGGCAACGCUCGAUGAAGAAGAUCCAGACGCAUCCUGCCACGAGGAAACAGCUGCACGGGUCAUCCGUCUGCCGAGCCAAGCUCACGAUGGGCUCUGGUCGAGUCUGAUCUUCCCGCCACGAGUCAAACGCGACUUGCUCAAUUUCAUGACGACGAGUGCCGAGUUUGCGCGACGGGGGGUCGACACGGAUAUCAUCGCUUCGAACCGGCUGCUCUUACUUCACGGCCCGCCGGGAACGGGCAAGACGUCGCUCUGUAUCGCUCUAGCACAGAAGCUGAGCAUCCGCUUAUCAGACAUUUGGCCAGACACGCGGCUCAUCGAGAUAAACUCCCAUUCGCUCAUCUCGCGUUGGUUCAGCGAGUCUGGCAAGCUCGUCCAGCGACUCUUCUCGCAAAUCUUUGCAUUGGCAGAUACGCCGACGAAUUACAUCGUGGUGCUUAUCGAUGAAGUCGAAUCGCUCACAGCUGCGCGAGCGAGUGCGCUGAACGGCAAGGAACCCAGCGAUGCUCUACGCGUCGUCAAUGCAUUGCUGACCCAGCUAGAUCAGCUUCGACGAAGACGCAAUGUCUUAGUUCUGGCUACCUCGAAUCUCGCGCAAGCUAUUGAUCCUGCCUUUCUCGAUCGAGCAGAUAUGAAGCAAUAUAUCGAUCUGCCCCAUGUUGAAGCAAUACACUGGAUCUUACAGACGUGCUUCGUCGAGCUCAUGCGUGCACAGCUUGUCGAUGCUCUAGAAAUGCUUACGUGGAAGCAAGUACGCAUGCUCGAAGGUCUCGAAUGCCAGCGUGGCGGCUCAGGCCCAUCGGAGAACGCGAGCCGCUCUCUCGUCAAGCUCGCACAUGCAUGUCGUGGUUUAUCCGGACGCGCACUCCGACGUUUGCCCAUCCUCAGUCACGCAAAGUAUCUGUCAGGCGCGAGAAAGCACAGCGUGUUCACUUGGAUCGAUGCAAUGCAUCGCGUCGCAACAGAUCUACAACAAGAUAUACACGGCUAA